AUGAGAUCCAUGAGCAGCAGCUUCUUCCUCAUCGGGAUCCUCCUCUGUGUCUCCUCCUCCUUUUCCGGUGCUGCAGCUGCCGCCACAGAAUCUGGUCCCUCGGAUGCAGUGCACGACACAUUUGGAAUGCCGAUGGAGGCCGGAAAACGCUACCAUAUAUACACCGCCUACGACAAUCAGGGCAUCAGAGCAAGCACCUUGGGCCCGGAGUCCUGCCCGGUUAAUGUCGUUGUAGACAAUUCUUGUGAUGGCGCCGAACCAGUCAUCUUUCACCCGGCAGAUCCACAGGAACCUGUGGUUCGUCUCUCAGUUCCGACAACCAUCCGCUUUUCAGACAUCAAUCCAUGCACCAAUACUUCCAUCUGGCAGGUUCAUGCCAAAAAAAUGGACUGCAAUGGCAGGCAGAAGCAAUUAGUGAAAAUCGGCGGAGAAGAAGGGAAGCCCGGGUGCGACACCUAUCGAACCUGGUUCAAGAUCAGAAAGGCCACCCGAUAUGGGAAGCACAGCCCAAACAUAUACUUCAUUGAAUAUAACCCGACCGAUAUCUGCGAGUUCCCGGUGCAGCCCGGAGCCAUCGGCCCCGGUAGCAUCUAUGCACCUGACCAGGACCUGCGGUCUUUGGAGCUCAUCGAUGGCUCCCCUCCUUUCUUUGUUUUCCAGCAGGCUUAA